AAAGCUGAGCUGCACCUAUAAAUCCACCUACCGCCUGCACUUACCUUCAUUGUCUUACAGAUCGUCCUCUCAACUCCUAGUGUCCUUACAUUCGGAAUUAACGUUACACAUUGGCCACAUUGCGAUUGCUGUGUUUUUAAUGAUUCUGAUUUGACUCAGAUUUAAAUUUGAUUCGAGUGUUCGAGUGUUUGUGUUGAAUAUGGACGCGAACCAGUUUCGGGAAUUCGGCAGAGCAGUCAUCGAUAUGUUGGCGAACUACGCUGAAAACAUAAGGGAUUAUGAUGUUUUGCCGUCUGUUGAACCUGGUUACUUGUUAAGAGCUCUGCCUGAAAGUGCACCCGAACAACCGGAGGAUUGGAAAGAAAUAAUGAAAGAUUUCAAUCAAUCAAUAAUGCCGGGUGUAACACACUGGCAAUCUCCGCAGUUCCAUGCAUUCUAUCCUUCUGGCUCCUCAUUCGCGAGUAUUAUAGGAAAUAUGCUUAGUGACGGCUUGGCGGUUGUGGGAUUUAGUUGGAUGGCUAGCCCUGCGUGUACAGAACUGGAGGUGGUCACGAUGAAUUGGCUUGGUAAGCUACUAGAUUUACCUGAAGAAUUUCUAAAUUGCUCUUCGGGUCCCGGAGGCGGAGUUAUUCAAGGAUCAGCGAGCGAAGCCACCUUAGUUGGAUUGCUUGUAGCCAAAGAUAAAACUGUGCGCCGUUUCAUGAAUAAUAAUCCAGAUCUCGAUGAAAACGAGAUAAAAGCAAAACUUGUAGCUUAUACAUCCGACCAAUGUAACUCGUCAGUAGAAAAAGCCGGCUUACUUGGUUCUAUGAAAAUGAAACUGUUGAAAGCGGAUGCUGAUGGAUGCCUACGCGGAGAAACAUUGAAAAGGGCAAUCGAAGAAGAUAAGUCGCAAGGACUUAUACCCUGCUAUGUCGUCGCUAAUCUGGGAACAACUGGAACUUGUGCAUUCGAUCCUUUACAUGAAUUAGGGCCAAUAUGUAGUGAGGAAGAUAUAUGGCUUCACGUAGAUGCAGCCUAUGCGGGAGCAGCAUUUUUGUGUCCUGAAUACAGACACCUAAUGAAAGGUAUUGAACAUUCUCAAUCAUUCGUAACGAAUGCACAUAAGUGGCUACCGGUUAAUUUCGAUUGCUCUGCUAUGUGGGUUAAAAAUGGUUAUGAUAUAACGAGAGCAUUCGAUGUACAAAGAAUUUAUUUGGAUGAUGUAAAAACGACAAUCAAGAUCCCAGAUUACAGACACUGGCAAAUGCCACUAGGCCGUCGCUUUAGAGCCUUAAAAUUGUGGACAGUUAUGAGAAUUUAUGGUGCUGAAGGUUUGAAAACGCAUAUCAGACAGCAAAUAGAAUUAGCACAGUAUUUUGCAAAACUGGUACGUGCGGACGAACGUUUUGUGAUUGGGCCCGAACCGACUAUGGCAUUGGUCUGUUUUAGACUGAAAGACGGUGACACAAUUACGCGACAAUUGUUGGAAAACAUAACGCAAAAAAAGAAAGUGUUUAUGGUGGCCGGAACGCACAGGGAUAGAUACGUCAUUAGAUUCGUGAUCUGCUCCCGAUUGACUAAGAAGGAAGACGUCGAUUACAGCUGGAGCCAAAUAAAGAAAGAAACCGACCUCAUCUAUUCAGAUAAAAUACACAAUAAAGCACAAAUACCAGCUCUUGAACAAUUCACUUCAAGAGAACUAUGCGAAAAAUCUAAGUAAAGACAAAUUUUCAACUUAAGUUAGACACAUAGAUUUAAUAAGAAUAGCAAUAAUUCAAGAUAACAUAUUUAGGUUACACUAACAAACAAGCAGGCACUUAAAAUAUAAGUUCACCCAUACUAAUUUACCAUAAGGUAUUAUGAACACGGCUAGGUACCACUAUCUCUUCUAUGUCUGCAGUGAAACAAUCGUCUGCAGAGCAGAGCAGCUAUUAAACAAUAAAACAGAGAACUCAACCUCAAGUAUCAAAACGAGUUCACGUGUGUGAUAUAAUCACCAUGAGGUGAUUGACCCGACACACAUUACUUUGCACAACAAAAGCCUACAGUUCGAUUUUUGCGAAAUUUAUUUGCACUCUGCAUAGUUUAUGUAGGAUAUGUACAUCUAGUUCUUCUUACUAAAGAAUGUGGUUUUUGUUUAGAAAUAAUACUAACAUUAUAGACUUUUGUCAAAUCAAUGAAUAAACAAUUACUUUAAAGAAAUAAGUCAUGUUAAACGAUGAUUACGUCUCUGUUAAUUUAUUACUUAGUACCAAAUGUUAUUUAAUAAGCAUUCGCAUGUAUUCGCACAAUAUAAUUAAUAGCUAAGUAUUCAUUCAUUGUAACAUUCACAAUAGACAUACCAGGGUCGCAUUAAGCCCCAUACAAUAUUUCAUAAAUUUCCUAUGGUUCUAACUUUUGUUGAUAUUUAUUGAUUUAAAUAAAAUGCUUCAAUGUU